UGUGCGCUACGGUGUGACAGUAAGUGUGUCCCGUGUCCGGUACCUGUCUGCGUGUUGUGCGGUGUGACAGUAAGUGUGUCCCGUGUACGGUACCUGUCUGCGUGUUGUGCGGUGUGACAGUAAGUGUGUCCCGUGUCCGGUACCUGUCUGCGUGUUGUGCGGUGCGUCUCUGUUUCCACAUCUCCGAUGUCACACCACAUGCAGUCUCGCUUUUCUACAGGUUUCCUUUUACCUUCUUCUGUGCAGCUGCCUCCUUACAGAUGGAGCCGCAGGGUCUGAAGAUAGACCUGGACUUGUCUCUAGAUGACUUUAUCCCCCCCCACCUGCAGAAAAGGUCACCGGCACAGAACCAUUUGGAUGACGCGCACUGGAUGCUGCCUCCCACCAGGACCCCUGAACUCCCUCCUGAAGAGGACCCAUGGGACAGCCCAGGUGGCCGCAAGGAGAGGUUCUGGAUUCGCUACAAUGGCAUUGGGCCCACAGAUGAAAAUGGGAUGCCCUUUGCUUCUAGAUCUAGUGUGGACAAACCUCGAGAGUGGUACAAGAACAUGUUUAGAGUCCUGCACCGACAGACAGAUUCGGAUGACAGCGAUAAAGAGGAUGACGACCUGCGGCAUCCAAACCAAAAAACUGAGACUCCCGCAUCACCAAGUAAGUCAGGGGUUCUGGAGAAUCCACAGCCCAAACAUUAUAAGCUGAAGGGAAUGUCACUGAGUGCCAGUCCUACCCCUAAGGAGCCAGAACAAUCCCUAACCAGGACCUCCGCCAGUCCUCAAAGCACUCUAACCCACAACCUUAAAGGACACAACCCGCCACCAAGCAAAACCAGCAACACAUCACACCUAUAUGCAACCGGCUCGUCUCCUCGUAGGGGAUCGACAGAAUAUCGACUAAAUGGCAGCCCUUCUUCUAAACGAUCGGACCGUACUUUGGGCUCAUCCUAUAGCGUCUCAAAGUCAUCAUCAAGCACUUUUCCAAUGGAGAGAUCCCCAGUACUAACCAACGGCACCAAUGGACCACCGCGCCAACCAGAAGAAGCCCCAGGUCUGGUUCAGAAUGUAAGCCCUCUGAAAGAUACAAGCUCUUCAGGUUCCGAGGAGCAACAUCAUCAUAAACAUGGAUUUACUUCCAAGGUCUUGGAGCAGUUGGAGACAGAAAUCCGAGAAUUCACCGAGGAGCUGGACAGAGACCUGCGGGUUCAGACGGAGACAUCCGAGAAUCUGCUACAUGCAGACGCCCCAACGUACAGAACGUCCCCGCGGCCGGUCUCUCCAGCAGAUGGCGGCCAUGAGGCAGAUCCCCCCAAUAAAGCACCCGCCAAAGGUCAGACACAGCUGAGAGAGAUAGCCCGAGCUGUGGCAAAGUUUGAUUUUCAGGCUGAAUCACCAAAAGAAUUAUCACUACAGCGGGGAGGCGCUGUCAGCAUACUGAAGAGAGUCGACAAGAACUGGCUUCUGGGAGAGCACGCUGGCCAGAGGGGCCUGUUCCCGGACAGCUAUGUCAAGGUUCUGCCCCCUGGCCAGGCUGCUCCUAAUCCCACCUCUCAGAUGUCAGGAGUCGCUCUCUAUGACUUUAAGGCGGACUCCGAUGCUGAACUGUCUCUGUGUAAGGGUCAGCGUGUUCUCAUUACUCGGAGGGUUGGUGGCAAUUGGUUUGAGGGUCGAGUCGAAGGUUCUGAGCGUCUUGCGCUGUUUCCGGCAAGUUAUGUGCAGGUCGGAGGCGAGACUAUGCAAGAAAUUAAAGGUUUACCCAAAACCGGCGGAACCCCUGCCGAGCAGGUCCCGGGGAACAAAUCUAACCCAGAGGCAUCUGAACCUGUGAAACUAUGUGACCCGGCAGGCGCUGUGUACCGAGUUCUUUUUGACUUCUCUCCCAAGAACUUCGACGAGCUGGAACUGAUCACAGGAGACACCGUGACGGUAACUCAGCGCUGUGAUGACGGCUGGUAUGUAGGUGUCUGCUGGAGGACCCAGAAAUUCGGAACCUUCCCGGGAAAUUUUGUAGUCCCCGCCAAGAGCUCUGCCGACCCAAUGCUUGCUUUAAAAAGGAUAUUGUAGCAAGAAUAAUUAAAAACAAAUGUACCUCCCCCAUCAAAGAAAAA